GCCUUUUGUGAGCCACGCAGAGUAUGCUUUUAUGGUAGUAAAAGGAUCACCAUCUACUCGUAAGGAUAAUCAGAAACACAACGAAGCACAGACCUCAAUAAAGUGCGCAGCUCUACCUGCCUCAGCGCUUAUAUAAUUUUACACGAAGGCCAGUCGAGUGCUCCCUAAAGUGCCUAAAGUACUUUAGUGCUACCUGGGCCAAAGUUCUCGGGCACACAGGCUUCCUCACACAGGCUCGAGGCAGCGGUCAGGGGCACCAGGAGCGGCCGGAGGUUAUUCGUCUAUUUGACUUCACCGGUAAACAACAUGGCGCCGAAAGCUCGGUUUCAAGACGGCGAGAAGGUUCUAUGUUUUCACGGGCCGCUGCUGUAUGAAGCUAAGUGCAUCAAGGCACAGGUUAAAGACAAGCAAACCAAGUACUUCAUCCAUUAUAGUGGCUGGAACAAAAAUUGGGACGAGUGGGUUCCUGAAAGCCGUGUACUCAAGUUCAAUGAUGUUAAUCUCCAAAAGCAAAAGGAACUCGAGAAGGCGCACCUGUCCUCCGCCUCUCACUCGCACUCUGCUUUAAAAGGAAAAAAAAACAAAGCUACUAAACCAAAGAAAGAGAUAGACAAAGAACGCUCCUCGACUCCAUCCCAAGAAAAGCCUCAGAAACAGAAAGGUGGUGCAGCAGCAUCGGCAGCCGCUUCCCACCAGGCAACCCCUAGUCAGGCUUCAGAGUCAGGUGGAGAAAGCCACAGAAAGAAACGGAGCCGUUUGGACCCCCAUGUCGAGUCGGAGGAAGCAUUUUUGGCUCGAGUAGAGAUCAAGGUCCGUAUACCAGAUGAACUCAAGCCUUGGCUUGUAGAUGACUGGGACCUUAUCACACGACAAAAAAAGCUUGUUCAGCUUCCCUGCAAUGUUACUGUGGACCACAUUUUGGCCGAUUAUGUGAAACAGAAGACGUCAGUGAAAGGAAUUUCAUCUAACAAGGAGAGUGCUGUCAUUGAAGUGACGAAUGGGCUCAAGGAAUACUUCAAUGUGAUGCUAGGAAGCCAACUUUUGUACAAAUUUGAACGGCCUCAGUACGCCGAUGUUUUAAAUGAGAGACCAGACACCCCAAUGUCGCAAAUAUAUGGUGCCAUUCACUUACUCAGGCUGUUCGUGAAGCUUGGCAGCAUGUUGGCUUACACACCACUGGACGAGAAGAGCGUCCAGCUUCUGCUCCAUCACAUUCACGACUUUUUGAAGUACAUGGCUAGGAACUCCCAGCUGUUCAGUCUGAACGACUACACAAUAGCGCCUCCAGACUACCAACGAAAAGCCAUCUGAAGUUGAAAAGCUGCACUGCUGAAAACAAAACCUCUAAUCACUGUGUGGAAAUUGUCUUCCUUGCACUUGCUGCAUUUAUUUGCCGCUGCAGGUGCAGUUAUGCUAUAUACGUGAGCUCAGGAGAAAGGAAAACUCCUUUGUCACUGCUGUAUCUCACUAGUAAACACAGCUUUGCGACAACAAUUGUGUAAUUUAUGCCCAAGUUGAACGCAUUUAAGCUGUAUUCAUUCUACAAAUGUCAUUCAUUGUCAAGGUUUCCAAAAGUAUAGUUCUCAGUCUGUCUGAAGAUCUUGUUGGAUGACUGUCAUUAAACAAAAGUGUGAAUGUUCAUUGUGAAAGUAUGCAUGUUUACAAAUACAUUUAGGAUGUUCAAGCUCAUUUUGUUGUUAGUGGUCCUUUUACUUGCUUUGCAAAAAGAGUGCUGGAACUAGUAGUCAUGCCUCUUUUUGCCACAAGCAGAAACGGUCUAUGUUAAUACAUAAAUGUGGUACUGUAUGAAUACACAAUUUUUCAGGCUAUUCAACAUGCACAUGAACACACACGUCUGAGAGUAGCAGCAUGGCUCUGAAGUGCGUGUAGAUUUCUCCACCGCAAGACUUGCUAUGGUAGUUUAGUGCCUAUGGCGUUUUAGGUCAUAAGUUCGAUCCUCGCUGCAGCGGUUGCAUCCGAAAUGCAAAAACACUCGUGUGCUUUAGGUGCAUGCUAACACGUUCACUGCGGCACAAAGAAACAAAGUUGGCGAUGGCAGCACCAUCAUGGCACUGCAAUUUGGUACUUUCUUUGAUGACUGUCUACAUGACUGCUUCCGAAAUCAGUGUGUCUAGUUUUUUUAGUACAAAUAUUGCAUCAUAGACACCCUUUUUUUUUUUUUCAUAUCUUGAACUUGUUCAGGGAUGCUGGCUGGCAUGUGUUUUGGCAGAUGGCGCCACCAGGCUGUGUGCAACAAAAAAUCCAGUGCCGUGCGACAUCUCGGCACAUGCAAGGAUAUAUUUUUAUUUGUUCAAAUGAAUAUAGCUCAUAUGGAAGUUCAUAAUAAAGUGUUCCUCGACUGUCAUGGAUAAA